UAUGGCUGGUAAAUAAAACCUGAUUGCUAACAGACCCGCUGCUGCUGUUGGCAUUUUCAGGCUCUAGGCUACCUUUGCAGUUCUGCACCUUCACCUGCCACACAAACUCCGAUUCACCCUUCAGCCGGUUCACCAGGACUUCUCUUGUUUUUACUGCGGGGUCGUAGUGAAAAUUGCUGUUAAUGUACCUUUGACCUCUGCUUGCACGCCUCUGGGCAUUUCUCCUUAUCAGCAUUGGAACAGCUGGCUCUAACACCAAUUUUAUGCACAGCGCAUCUUAAGGGAAGAGGGGUAGGCAGACUUCUUGCAUGCGAGCAGUUCAGGUAUGUGCUGGAAUCUGGAGAGUUUACUGCCAGGGAGAGGAGGAUAAUGCAGAGCUGUGGUCAGGCAUGGAAAAUGCGUGAAAAAAGAGAGGAGCGGAUGUGUUUGGAGACGAAGUGGUGUUUGUGGCGAGAUGAUCCAUCCCGCUGACAUAGAAGUACAUUGGGAAGAACUCCCUGGAAGUCAGUAGCUUUCCUCUGCAUCUGAUCUGCUGGUAAACAGGACCCGGCCCUUAACGUGAAGCAUCCGUCGGAAUAGCUCUGUAGAGAUUUGAGUCUUGACGUGAAGACACUGACAAGAAGAUCUGCAGAGAGUGUGUGCUUCAGCCCUAAUUAACUGUGUUAUAAAGCUAAGCUUGAAUAAAGAUCAAAAUCAAGAGACAAAGAUGGCCAUCUGUUGGAAGAACUGCUUCUUCACUCUCAUAUUGCUUCCCAUGGUUACAGCAACGCAUUCCAACUGCAUAAUUAAAAAGGAGCAAGAAACCUGUCUGGAGAAAAUACGGAGGGCAGCUGCCCUGAACCCUCUGAAUGACUCUUCUCCAGGUUGCCCAGGAAUGUGGGACAAUAUUACAUGCUGGAAACCUGCAAGUGUGGGUGAAAUUGUCUUUGUCAAGUGUCCUGCGCUGUUCAGAUUUAUCAUCUCUGAAGAUGGUUGGGAAGUAGACAACUUGCAAACUCAUGCAGGUGAUUAUGACCUGCUGGAAAGCACAGCUGAGACCCCCCUAGGGGACAUCAGCAGAAAUUGCACUGAAGAUGGCUGGUCUGAACCUUUUCCUCAUUAUUACGAUGCCUGUGGCUUUGAUGAAAAUGAAACAGAGUCAGACAACCAGGAUUACUACUAUCUAUCCGUGAAGGCGCUGUACACAGUUGGAUACAGCACAUCUCUCGUUUCCCUCACCACUGCUAUGGUGAUCCUGUGUCGUUUCAGGAAGCUUCACUGCACUCGGAACUUUAUCCACAUGAACCUCUUUGUUUCAUUCAUCCUACGUGCAAUAUCAGUAUUCAUUAAAGAUGGGGUUCUUUAUGCUGAGCAAGAUGGCAACCACUGUUUUAUCUCCACUGUGGAAUGCAAAGCAGUGAUGGUGUUUUUUCACUACUGUGUCAUGUCCAACUACUUCUGGCUUUUCAUUGAGGGAUUAUACCUUUUCACAUUAUUGGUAGAAACCUUUUUCCCAGAGAGGAGGUAUUUCUACUGGUACACCAUUAUUGGCUGGGGCACCCCGACAAUUUGUGUCACUGUCUGGGCAGUGCUGAGGCUUCACUUUGAUGAUACUGGCUGCUGGGACAUGAAUGACAACACUGCCUUGUGGUGGGUGAUCAAGGGUCCUGUGGUUGGGUCAAUCAUGAUAAACUUUGUCCUUUUUAUUGGCAUCAUUGUGAUACUUGUGCAGAAACUCCAGUCACCUGACAUUGGAGGCAAUGAAUCCAGCAUUUAUUUCACCCUCCCUCUUCCUCUCAGAUGCAGCUGCAGUCCAUGCACAGGACACAUGCGCAGCUGCGUUCAGAAAUGCUACUGUAAGCCUAAGAGGGCUAACCAGCACUCUUGCAAGAUGUCAGAACUAUCAACCAUUACCCUGAGAUUGGCUCGCUCUACACUACUGCUUAUCCCCUUGUUUGGAAUUCACUACACGGUCUUUGCUUUUUCUCCGGAAAAUGUCAGUAAGCGGGAGAGACUAGUGUUUGAAUUGGGACUGGGAUCUUUCCAGGGUUUUGUUGUUGCUGUUCUCUAUUGUUUCUUGAACGGGGAGUUUCUCCCUAAAGGUGCAAUCAGAAAUAAAGAGAAAAUGGAGGAGCUGGAAAGUCAACCGGUAUUUUGCUGUGGAUUUCAAACAUCGUCAUCCUUCUCUAGCGAGCAGCGGAGUGAACGGGGGGACACAACUCUCCAUUCUGAGCAAGAGCAGCUCUCAGAUUCGGAUGUCCAGCAUAAAUGCGGAGAAUCUAGCGACAUGAGCAGCUAAGGAAAACAAAUCAAUCAACAAACAAACCAAAAACCAUCACUUUAAAAAGAAAACAACAACAACAAAAAAAAAAAGCUCCACAACAUUG